UCUUCGGCAAUGAGGGAGUAACCAAAACAGCACACACGUCAGACGUGACUUGCGGCUACUUCGAGCAGAAUGACGCCAUAAACGACCGCGAAUGCAGUCCCAGUGCUUCCUGAGACUCACCUCUACAGUAUAUCACAAGUUGAGCGCAAGGAAUCUUCGUGUUUUUGCGGUACAAGCCAUGGAGCCAGUGACAGUGGACCACUACCGUAGUGCGAUGGUGCUGAGUGGAGUGGGAGAUGCUCUCGGCUAUAAAAAUGGGGACUGGGAGUUCUGCCACUCUGGACCAGCCAUCCUGGAGGAACUACACAAGAUGGGAGGGCUGGAUAAGGUCAAGGUCAAGUGUCCAGGUUGGAUGGUGAGUGAUGAUACUGUUAUGCAUCUGGCCACAGCUGAGGCACUGAUGGAGUCUGGUGAGAAGGACCGUCCGACCCUGUUCCUGAGUCUGGCCAAACAUUACAAGGAGAGCAUGAGGGACAUGGCUGGCCGGGCAGCAGGGGCAACCUGCUCAGCAAGCUGCUACAAGCUCAGACCUCUCCGACCGGAUGGUUACAUCAUUCCCUUCAAUUCAAGGGGUGGUGGCUGUGGUGCUGCUAUGAGAGCCAUGUGUAUCGGCCUGAGGUACCCACGCCCAGAGGAGGUUGACUCUCUGAUCGCCGUGUCUGUUGAGAGUGGUCGGAUGACUCAUCACCACCCUACAGGUUACCUGGGGUCGCUGGCAGCGGCUCUGUUUGCUGCCUACGCUGUGCAGCGCAAGCCUGUGCGAGAGUGGGGGUCAGGGCUGAUGUCACUCCUGCCUCGGGCUCAGCAGUACAUCCGGGACUCCGGCAGGCACGUACAGGAAAACCUGGACGCAUGGCCCUACUUCACAGAAAAGUGGCAGGCAUACCUGGAAAAGCGGGGGAUCUCGGAUGGAACAUCCGACCCUACGUUCCCAGAGGAGUACGGACCCUCCGAGAGGGACACCUUCUACAAGACCCUGAGUUUCUCUGGCUGGGCGGGGUCUAGCGGCCACGAUGCUCCAAUGAUCGCGUACGAUGCACUCUUGUCUUCGGGGGAUUCUUGGGAAGAACUCUGCAAAAGAUCCAUGUUCCAUGCGGGUGACAGUGACUCCACCGGCGUCAUUGCUGCCUGCUGCUGGGGCGCCAUGUAUGGUUACAAGGGAGUGCACCAAAACAACUACAAGAAAUUAGAGUACCGCUCAAGAUUGGAAAAGGCUGCAGAAGAGCUCUACAACCUCAGCCACUCCUCAUAGCCAACAUAGCCAGUACACUGGAGGCUGAAGAAUAUAAUAUUUGUACACAUUUUGUACUCAUAUAUGCAUAGUUUGACUAGAAAUGAUUGGUGUUUCUAAUUAGUUGCACAAGUGUAUUUCUGUAUAUACUGAUGUGUUUGAUCUUUUGGGACUUUGCUUAUCCUUAAUGAUGUAGUGCACUUAUACGUCUUGAUGCAAAAAAGUUCAUGGAAUAAAUAAAAUAGUUACAAGCUUGCUAAAGCUGUCUGAGGUUUGAUAUUCUUUUAACUUUGAAUUGAGUGUUGAGAUUCAUUA